GCGUAGCAACGAAGGAACAGACUGCUACAGAGAGACCAAAGAAAAGGGCAGAACACCAAGAAAAGGGGAACCGGCUGCACCUGCCUGCCUCCCGCUCAUCGAUCCUGCCUGCUAGUCGACAGGCUUGAUUUUCUCGCCCGGCCAUGGCUGGAUCGGCAGAGGAGGCGCCCGCCGCCGCGUCGCCGGUGGCCUCGCCCCGGGACGGCGUCACGGAGGAGACGGCGUCGCCGGCGGCGAGGUCCCGGGGCUUUUGGCUCCUUGGGGAGGACAAGUCCGUGCACAAGGCUCUCGGUGGGGGUAAAACUGCUGAUGUACUGUUGUGGAAAGACACGAAGACCUCUGCUGCAGUAGUUGGUGGCGCAACUAUCCUUUGGCUCCUGUUCGAAGUCGUCGAGUACCAUCUCCUUACUCUGGCAUCCCACGUGAUGAUUGCUACACUGACGAUCUUGUUCCUAUGGUCCAACGCCACUGUCUUCAUCAAGAAGAGUCCUCCUGAUGUUCCUGAAGUGCAGAUAUCUGAAGAGCUUGCUGUGAACAUUGCGCUAGCGUUGCGUGCGGACAUCAACAAAGCGCUUGUCUUGCUUCGGGAGCUUGCUCUAGGCCAUGACCUGAUGAAGUUCCUAGGCGUGAUCGUCGCCCUCUGGAUUGUCUCGGAAAUUGGAGAGCUCUGCGAUCUCCUGAGACUGAUGUACAUUGUGGUCUUGAUCCUGCACACGGUGCCGAUACUGUACCACAAGUACCAGGACCAGGUGGACGAUUUCGCUGCCAAGGCACACGCGGAGCUCUGCAAGCAGUACAAGGUCCUGGACGCCAAGGUCCUGAGCAAGAUCCCCAGGGCUCCGCCAAAGGACAAGAAGGAGAACUAGAACAGAUUAAAGAUCAAAUCACUCGACCCGGUGGAUGACACGCGACUUGUUUUGCUUAUGGCUGGUACAUAUCGAUGGAUUGUGUGAUGAGAAUCUGUAAGAAGUAAUGGUCUGAUGUGGUUGGUGGCACGGUGUGUGGGUAUACUGUGUACUUAUGUUUGUUUGAUCUCAGAAGAUGUUCUACCAGCUACUAUCUGACUGUAGUUGCGAAGAUAGAUCGUAUACAACUAUGCUCGAUGUGUCAUGGUUACCAUUUAUUGUCCUUUGAUAUUUUAUGUA